CAUUAAAGAUGAAAGAACUGGGCGUUGUACGGCCGGGCUCUCCAUCCUGUUGGCUUUAUACAGAACAUGUCUGAGGAGAUGCCGUCCUCCUCCUCUGUUCACUGGGCGCCGCUCUCCUUUUCUCUUCCAAUGCCCGCACUAAAGUAGAAACCAUGACAAAAGAGGACGCCGUCUUCUCGCGCGCAUUGGUUUAUGUCGCGCGACUUUCUAUUGACUUUAAAAUGUGUUUUGAACUACACCCUAAAUGGUGGGGAAAUUAUUAGUUGUGAUGCUGUGGCCGCCUACAGAUUAACACAGUAAAUACGGUCCUGCUGGUUUCUCUGGCCCAGCAGCCUUUGCAACUCGGUGCGGAGUCGCUGCGGGAGCCGCACGCGCCUUUUAGCUGAUAUGAAUGGGUUUUUGCGUUUAGCUUAGGUUUGUAGAGUGUCGAGCUGCUGCCGCUCGCCUCUGCCUGCCCUCAGGCUGGGAGCCAUUAUUCACUGGUCCUGCUGGUGCUGAUGCUGCAGCGCUCGCGAGUGUUGCUAGGCAGCCAUGCUGCGCGCGGGCCGCUGUCGUGAUGUGAGCAGGAGGAAGAGAAACAACAGUACUGUAACACUGGGGUUGCAGAGCCGAACAAAGCGCAUAGCUAAUCACAUCCUGGAUCUACUUUUGUUAAAUUUACCUUCUACUCGCGAUAUUAAGAUAGACUUUGCGCGCUUUGACUUUACUUCGCUACACAGCCACCGUACUUUGCAUUUGACAUAAACAAGCCAGGGAAUGUCAGAAAUGAAAUGUUAUGAUUCCAAAAGAACUGGAAGAACAUAACACGUUGUUCCAUACAGCUAAGUGAAGCUGUGUUACACUAAAACUGGUCAUUUGUGACAGUUGAAUUCUGUAACUAUCUCCUGUCACUUAGGAAAAAAAAUAUUUUUUCCACUUUACUAUAAAUUCCACUUCAUUUGAUUUCUGUAAUGCCUUUUUUUUAUUAUUUUGAAUCUGUUUAUACUUCAUACAGUUUGGUUGAUAUUUUCUUUCCACAUAUGGUGCUGGAAGUUUCUUCAGCCUCCCCCACCCCCAUCAAAAUGAGAUUCUAUAUUUAAUAAGUGUAGUUCACUUCAGCCUGCUUAAACCUUCACAACCUGAAAAUGUAGCUUAGUGAUACAAAUCACACUUCUUUAUGUGACUGAUGACCUUUAGAAGCAUUUUAGUAAUGGGAAUGCUUUUCAAGAGCAGUGUUUGUGUUUGGGGGCUAUGAUCGCUGUGGCACACCGUCACAGUCAUACUGUUAAGCAAAUAAAGUAACAAAUAGUUGUUAUUGUUAACUAUAACAACUGUUUUUGCAAUUGUACUGCAAAAUUUGGCGAUAAACGUAAAGUCAUGGUGUUUGAGAGAUCUAUAGAAACAAAGAUAUAGAGUAAAUAUUAAAUCUAUUAAUAGUUUUCAAACACUUAUUCAACCAAUUAUGAUAAGAGCUUUUCUGCUUUUAAUAGAAAACUGAAAUAUCAUGAGCUGGUUUGUUCCUGAUUAGUCAUUUUAUCUAGACAAGAUAGAGAACCUCCAUAACAGCUAUAUGUGGCGUACGCCUUGCUAAUUGUAUUUUUUAAACAUAGAUAUCUUAAGGUUUUGACAUGUCUGAAUGUCAAAAAAUUAGUUUCAAAAAAGGCUGGCAGUGAUUACAAGGAUGUGGGUGGAGGGCAACUCUGGUGUCUCAUUAAGAAGAAUUCAAACUGAAGCAACGCUAUGCUAGCAAAUUUCAUGCACUAGAUUACGAUAGCAAUAACUAAGCCAUACAAGUUUGCAUCACUGCUUGUCUUUUUUAAAAGUGUGCAGCAUCCUGUGCUGAUAUUCACAGUGUGUGGCUGUGUGGCUGUGUGAAUCCCUGCAUCUUCCUGCCAGUCAAACAGAUGAAGACAGACCCCAGAGGACAGUCAGCGGGGAACCGUGACCUUCUGUCAGCUGUAGCUUAGUGAGCAAUGCGUUCUGACUGGCAGCCGGAGUCGGGGCCAGGCUGCUACAAGAUGAUCAUCUCUGCAGGGGGAAUCUCUCCCCCUUGGAGGCUGUGUGUGUGUGAGGCAGAGCAGAUCUACUACUAAUACGUUGCGUUUGAGCCACUUCGAUUGACUCCAGCGCCAGAUCUCUGGAGUCACAGAACGUUUAAGAAAUCUGAUGCCUCUGUUCUUCUCAUAAGUUUCAUGCCUCUCCUGAUCAUGUUUGGAUUUAAAAUUGUUGACCAGAUCUCGUCUUUGCCAAGAGACAUCUCAGUGAUUACUCCCACUGACCUCCUUAAGACUGAGUUCCAGCUUAAAAUGAAACCUUUACGGUUUGACGUUUACAUUCACUCACUGAGGUGGUGAACAAUGAUUCUUAAAACUGGAAUUGAUUGUAUAAGUUUAAAUUUAUUGUGUUUUUUUCUUAAAGAGGCAGUAUUAUAUUAUGUCAAGUUUUUAUAUCUUUACAAGAUGUGAAAAACAUGCCUGGAGUGUUGCUUUGAUUCUUUCAUGUAUGUUUGAGAAAUCCUUUAAUCUCCCAUGGCAACCAUUCAGCUGUGCAAAACGCCUGGGUGGAUCUAGCUCUGCCUUCGAGAUGCAAAUCCUCCUCUGAGCUGCAGGUUCCAAGCUUCUGAGCUGCCACCACACAGAGCAGCCCUCCUCUGCAACUCCCCCCACUCAGCUCCUUCAGACUAGCCAGCAGCAGUUAGCAACCACCUGGUGGAACUGCAUCUGCUGGGCUCAUUAUAGGAGCCACUUCUCAGUGGUUCACUGAGAAGACACUGAGACACUGUUAAAGGGUUAAUAGAGGACCCAUGUUGUGUUGACUUCCUGAAGGCGGAGUUUCAGAAAGAGCAGGAGCUUCUUAAAGAGGCAGAGCCCCAACUUCAAGGCAUUAAGUUUUGAUGUCAAAUUUCUUUUAAGUCAUAUUUAAUAUAUGCAGAAUUUUCAUAGAAGCUGAAGGUAACAUGAGUAUUAAACGGCAGUACGCAUCUGGAAAACACAGAGUUCUGCCUCUUCAAGACAGACAUCUACAAGGUCAGUGGAUGAACUUGGCUGCACAUUUGUCCACUCUAUCUCUUGGCUUACGGGCACAGAUUCAGCUUUUAGUCCCUACGUUUUCUGAAGUUGAGGUCCUGGUCAUUCCAAAACCUCAAUCUCUUCCUUCUCGAUUCCAAAACUAGCUUUGAUGUGUGUUUUGGGAACACCCAACAGUAUUUGAGUUUCAACCAUCACACUCAAGGUGGUUCUCUGAUCAGUUGCUCCUUCAACAAAAACCCAUCAGCCGCUGGAAGGUUCUGAAACACUUUUUUUAUCGUCUGAUAAAAAAUAAAAGUCAAAAGUUUCAUGUCGACAGACAAAAAAAAUUUUUUUCCUUUUCUUUCUUUCUUUUUUUUAUUUUAUUUUAUUUUUUUACAGUUUUUACAUAAACCUAUUAAGUAGUAAAAGAAAAGGGAGAAAAAAAUCUAACCCAGAGCUGCUUAAUGAAACUCCCAUCUGUGUGUGCUGCUGGAUAUCAGCUCUCUCUCUCCCGGACAUGACCACCAAGUGAGGCUUAAGAGGAGUGAAUAAAAACUCAUGUAAAGGGAAGCAAUUAAAUAUUUUCAGCAACAUUAAAAUUAAAAUCUCCCGUUCAUGCACUCAGCGGGCCGGCCAGCUGUUGGAAAGGAAAGCUUCCAUGGAACAAAAGUAAUGCGAUGGCUUGGAUAAACGUAAUUUGAUUGGUUGCAACAAAUGAAAUAUAUAUUUUUUUUAAGUUUGAUCACCCAUCUUCUCCCCAUGUGUAAAACUAAAAGUAUCAUAAGAGGCAGUGCGCUUUCACAAACAUUUUUUAAGUCAUUGGUACAAAUUAAAAAUAAAAGAGGGUCCCUAAAUGGAAUGUGACUGUUAAUUGUUUAACAGCAGAACAUUUCUAAAUCUGCAUCUCUUGUUCUGCUUCAGACAAUAGAUUUUGGUUUCGAUAUCAGGGUGGAGGGAGUGGAGGCAGCAGAGAGUCGCUGCCUCCCCCUCCUGCAGAGACGGUCCUAGUGACUCAGGCUGGAGCUGCUGGUCUGACGGCCGACAACGCUGCAUUAAGUUUAAAUUGUCACGUUAAAUAAAUGUAAACAAUUAAGUUUUACAAACUUAAUUUGAUGACUUGUAACAAUUUAGCUUCCUUUUGUUAGAUGGAGCUCCUUGUUUUUCAGUGCAAUCAGUUGUCUAAUAUUUCUUAAUGGUUUAAAGUUAACCAACUUUAAAUAUUAUUUUAUAUAAAAAAUAAAUACAUCAUUAUUGUCAGUACAGAAAACAAAAGAUAAAAAAAAAAAAAGUGAAAUAACCUCUUACAGUGGCGUCCCCAAGGCCUGUUAAUGGGGGCUGAAGCCUCCCUAUUUUCAAGACCCUCUAAUAAUUUGGGAUUUUGUUGUUUGUUUUUUUACACUGACCAGAAAUUCAAUAUAAUGUGGCCAGAAUAUGAGUUUAAAUAAAUAAGAACAAAAAGUGAAAAUUUUAUCUGAAAUGUGAUCAUAAAUCUGUCAGUCUCCCUUUACUUCAUAUUAUAAUAUUGUGGGCAGAAUUGCUCAGAAGGUAAUACAUGCAUAACAAUUUGUUCUUCAAAGGGUCCCUAACAAUUUUAGGCGUGGAACCACAAAAAAUUAGAAUGAUCUUAGCAACGUUUGCUGGGACACCGUUAUAUAUUACCCUGAAUACUAGUUUAAAUGUUUAACUUUUUCUUUUUUGUUUCAGUUUGAGAAAUUUGGUAAUUCUGCCAUGUUUGCUCACAUCUUGUUCCUCUCCUGGGGGAAAGCCCACCUCGUCCUUAACACGUAUUGAAGGCCCUGAUCUCCCACCAAGUCUUCAAUUCAGUAGUAGGAUUCACCCUCCCUCAGUUUUAGUGCAACUCAGGAGGAGCGCGGCAAAUGUCACUGUCGGACAGUGGUCAGACAGAGGAAAACUGGUGAAAGUGCACUCAUACACGUUAGAGUAAAAAAAAUUAUGUUAAUUUCGAGUAACACGCGAUUUCGAUUGUUUCUUAUAUAUUUCUGUUCAUAUUUGUCUUUUUAAUUCUGGCUUCUUAUUAAUGGCUUUUUAUUCCAGCUGCUUUCUUAAAAUCCUUCUUAUGGUUUUUGCAUUGUUUGUGGAAAUAGAAUAUUAUAUUAUUCUGUAUUUAAACUACAACUCUGGAUCUCCAUUCCAUAUUUAACAUCUAUUUUGUGCAGAUUAUGUUAUAUUUACUUGCUCGAAGUCUAAUCCCGUUGGGUUGGAGCGCGUGUUUUAAUCCAGGGGUUUCCUGUCGCGAGCUCUAACAAACGUCCGGGCGGAUCCGUUUCGGAAAAUCGAGGAUCUGUAACCUGAGAGCGCGUGUCGACUGAGCUUUUACAGAGCUCUCACAAAUCAAGUGAGUCAGUCAGUUAGCGGGAUGCAGCGGAGGGCGUGGUGUGUUCAGGCCGUUAUCUGGUCCCUGCAGCUCGGUCGGUGUGCACCAGGGAGGGGCCGGCCGGCCGACUCUCCGCUCCAGAUCCUUACUGUAACUCUUUACUCUUUCCUCAACAACGCAGCCGUAUCAUUUCCUCUCAGCGGUGCUCUGUCUCUCUCUGCAUGAGAGAUCCAAGUGCUUAUGUUUGCAUUUUCCGACUGAGCUGCGUUUCCUGCGGCCGGGACCCAGAGGAAAAGAGCAUCCUUAAUGUAAUGGUUUCCACCAGGCUAUAACACACCCACUAUAAAACCCAGAAGAUGAGUAAGUCUCCCACCCCAAAGGGCACUCCGGUGCAGCGCAGCCCCAGCGACGGGGUCCCUGAGAGCCUCCAGUCUCCCCAGCACUCCACCCCCGUCUCUGGACACAAGAAACGGAUCUCCAGCCUCCUUCAGAGUCCGUCCUUCAGAGAGGAGCUGGAUGUGCUGAUCCAGGAACAGAUGAAGAAGGGCGGCAGCUCGUCCAAUCUCUGGGCCCUGAGGCAGCUCGCCGAUUUCAUGGCCUCUCACGGCUCGCCGGCCGCCCUGCCUGUCUCACCUUCCAACAUGAUGAUGGUGACCCCCGUCAACGACCUGCAUGGCUGGGAGCCUGGCAGCUUGGUGAAGGGGGAGCGGCUGAUGCGCUGCAAACUGGCCAGCACCCACCGACUCUUCGACCUCUACGGCUGGGCCCAGCUCAGCCACACGCUUCUCACGCUGCGUGUGAGUAAAGAACAGGAACACUUCCUGGUGCUUCCAGAAGGCCUGGCCUACAGCGAGGUGGCUGGAUCCAGUCUGGUGAAGGUGAAUCUUCUGGGUGAGGUGGUGGAGAAGGGCACCACCAACCUCCAGGUAGACACCGACAAGUUCAGCCUGCACUCAGCCAUCUACUCGGCCCGACCCGACGUCCGCUGCCUGCUGCACCUCCACACACCUGCUACAGCGGCGGUCUCUGCGAUGAAGAGCGGCCUGCUGCCGCUGUCUCACGAGGCUCUACUGGUUGGCGACGUGGCCUACUACGACUACAACGGCGUAGUGGGGGAGGAAGAGGACCGGAUGGAGUUGCAGAAGAGCCUAGGACCCACUUGUAAGGUUCUGGUGUUGAGGAAUCACGGCAUCGUGGCUCUGGGGGAAUCGAUGGAGGAGGCCUUCUACACCAUCUACCACAUACAGGCAGCCUGCCAGAUCCAGGUGUCGGCUUUGUGUAGUUCUGGAGGGGAACACAACCUGAUUAUGUUGGACCGGGCGAUCCAUAAACCCAACCCCACCGGCACCGUGAGCUGGGCCGGCUCCACCUUCGGACCCCUGCAUAAGAGCCGAACCGGGGAACAUGAGUUUGAAGCUCUUAUGAGGACUCUGGAUAAUCUGGGCUAUCGUACGGGCUACGCCUACCGCUUCCCCGUGCUGCUGGAGCGGUCGCGGACGCGGAGGGAGGUGGAGGUGCCGGCGACCGUAACGGUCUUCCACCAGUUUGAUGACGACGGCGUCCACCCGGCCCUGAGGCAGCACCCGUUUGCCCAGCGCCAGCAGCAGGAGAGGACCCGAUGGCUCAACACCCCCAACACCUACCAGAAAGUCAGCCAGGAGCAGGCGAGCCCGGGACACCAACGCACCACUUGGCUGAAAACAGAAGAGCUGACUCAGGCUGGCAGCACAGCCAUCAAGAUAGAAAACCCAAACCAGUUUGUGCCUCUGUUCACCAACCCUCAGGAGGUGAUCGAGACCCGAAACAAGAUACGGCAACAGAACCGUCAGGAUAUGAAGACAGCAGGACCGCAGUCGCAAGUCCUCGCAAGCGUCAUAACAGACGACAGCCCUCCGGUACCAGCAGCACCGACCCCAGUGAGCCCACCCAAAGUUCCACCAGAACCAGAACCACCCAAUCCGUUCAACGAGCUGACCGACAAGGAGCUGGAGGAGUACCGCAAGGAGGUGGAGCGAAAACGGGACGGAGGGACCGACGGGGAGGAGGUGGAGAACGGCUUGGAGUCUCCUCCUGCUACCUCCCCUACUAAAGGCCCUGCAGUCGGCCUCCCUCCUGUCUCAGCAAUGGAGGUGCACAACGACUCUCCGGUCAUUCAGAAUGGAGGGGACGAGGAGAAGCAGGUGACUAAGGAACUGGAGGAAGGGAUGAAGGCGCUCUCGACCAACGACACCUCCUCUACUCCCGCGGCGCCGCCAAUCAAACCGCAGGGCGGGACCCCAGAGGGCUCGCCAUGCAAGUCACCGUCCAAGAAGAAAAAGAAGUUCAAGCCGCCAUCGUUCCUGAAAAAGAGCAAGAAGCAGAAGGAGAAAGUAGAGACCUGAGACGGGUCCCACAGACAAGUCAGGCCUCGCCGAAGCGCCACAGGUCGUCACGUGUGACUGAAACAGUCGACAGAACCGCAUCACAAUCAUUCAGAGCCAUUUCAAUGUCGAACCCCCAGACACGGUAUCUUAAGAGUGCCACUGCUAGCCACUGAAUUUGAUGUUUGUGGUGAUUCAUCGAGUAAGUUUAAAGAGCUCCUGUAAUUACUUUCACCAAGUGUUUGAUCCAGGUCAGACACAGCCCAGCCGUCCAGUUUGACUCACUACUUUCGAUCACUCUCACGGUUUUCUGUACUCCACAAGUCGCCUCUAUCGGUUUGUCGCUUCACCUCACUGUACAGGAAUUCAACCAUGUUUCCUCUCUCUAAGCAGGCCUGUGACUUGGAUCCUGUAUAAGUGACACUUUAGUUUUUCUGACAAUACACGUUGGAAGGUAAAGUGUGUUAUUCAUGUAUAGCACUUAACAUAGGUAGAUCAAUGUUUUUGCACGUCUUAUUCUUUCAUCAUUAUACAUUUUCUCUUAGCCUUUGGUUGUAGUUAUCAAGUAGAUGUUGCAGGAUUAGUCUGUGAGGACAGCCGCAGUAUGUGUAGAAAUCUACUGAUAGCUAUUGAUUCUGCGGAGUUGACGGAAAGCAGGGAAAUGUCGCCUAGCUACAAGUUAAGCUGCAAUUUAAGCUGUUAUUAACCACAAAGGUUAAUCUAAAAAAAAAAAUUAAAAAAUGGUUGCUCGUUAUUGCAAUCGUAAUAUGCUGAGGGUAUCCAACAUUCCACUUUUCUUGUUUGAUUUUAAAACAUACAUGUGCAAAAGACCUCUUUCCAAGUAAUUUUUUUUCCCUGUUUGAACCAGUAGCUGUUCUCAAACUGCUGAUGUGUGAUGUUGGCUCAUUGGUUUGAAUUAAUUUUCUAUAAGAAUGUAUAUGUGAGUGUUGCAAGGUUGCAAUGUAUCAGUCAUUAAAGAUCCAGUUAGGUUUCAAGUCCA